CGUAGCGCGGGGAAUUUCGAGUAGCGGUGGAGCGCGGGAGGCCAGUGGGUGCGGGACCCCAUCACCCUACCUAGGACAGACCAUGGACUCCUUAGUCGAGCCUCGGUGGCCUCCAGGUCUGGCAGUAAUGAAGACAAUAGAUGAUUUGCUGCGGUGUGGAAUUUGCUUUGAAUAUUUCAACAUUGCAAUGAUGAUUCCUCAGUGUUCACAUAACUACUGUUCUCUUUGUAUAAGAAAAUUCCUGUCCUAUAAAACACAAUGUCCAACUUGUUGUGUGACAGUCACAGAGCCGGACCUAAAAAAUAACCGCAUAUUAGAUGAACUGGUAAAAAGCUUGAAUUUUGCACGGAAUCAUCUUUUGCAGUUUGCCUUGGAGUCACCACCCAUAUCUCCUGCUUCCUCCUCUUCAAAGAACCUUGCUGCCAAAGCACACACUCCUGUAGCCUUCAGACAUUCUUUAAAGCAAGGAAGCAGGUUAAUGGAAAAUUUCUUGAUCAGAGAAACUGGUGGUUCUACAUCAGAGUUGUUGCUAAAAGAGAAUGAGAUUAAAUUCAUCCCUCAGAAAGAGGUGAGCACUUCUUCAAAGACCAAGGAGACACCUUCCAUAGAAAAGGCAGCUCUGUGUUCCUUAGAUGGUCAUGUUCCUGAGACACCCUCUACAUCAACUUUGAAACAGGUUACCAAAGUGGAUUGUCCCGUUUGCGGGGUUAAUAUUCCAGAAAAUCACAUUAAUAAGCACUUAGACAGCUGUUUAACACGUGAGGAGAAGAAGGAAAGCCUCAGAAGUUCUGUUCACAAAAGGAAGCCUCUGCCCAAAACUGUAUAUAACUUGCUCUCAGAUCGUGAUUUAAAGAAAAAGCUAAAAGAGCAUGGACUGUCUAUUCAAGGAAAUAAACAGCAGCUCAUUAAAAGGCACCAAGAAUUUGUACACAUGUACAAUGCCCAGUGCGAUGCUUUGCAUCCUAAAUCAGCUGCUGAAAUAGUUCAAGAAAUUGAAAAUAUGGAGAAGACUAGAAUGCGUCUUGAAGCUAGUAAACUCAAUGAAAGUAUAAUGGUUUUUACAAAGGAUCAAACAGAAAAGGAAAUAGAUGAAAUUCACAGUAAAUAUCGUAAAAAACAUCAGAAUGAAUUUCGGCUUCUGGUGGAUCAGGCCAAAAAAGGAUACAAGAAAACUGUUGAAAUAUCAAAAAAAAAAGUAACAAAAGAAGAAGAUGGAUCUACAGAAAAGCUAUUACCUAUUUGCGUGGAACAGGAAGAUAAAAAAGCAAAAUUCUCAGAUACUUCCCUUAUAACAAACCACUUCUCUCAAUCAAAGCUGGAAUCCCCAAGGAGAAUGGAGGCUGAUAGACCAGAUGAUUCUUCCAGUUGUACUGAUAUUCAAGAAGAUGCUCUUUCUUCAUCAGAAUCAGACUCAUUCAAUAGUUCCAGUUCAGAUAUCAUAAGAGAUCUUCUAGAAGAAGAGGAAGCCUGGGAAGCAUCACAUGGAAGUGAUCUUCAAGACACAGAAAUGAGUCCAAGACAGAAUCGUCGUACCAGAUCAGCAGAGGGUGCUGAGACUGAGCCAAGAAAUAAGCGGAAUAAAAAUUAGUGAGGGCUUUGCUGACCUUUCCAGUGUGGUGAUUGGAGUGUGGCACUUUGGGUUGCCACAUAGACUUCAUAUUCAUAAAUGCCCAAGUGUCGACUUCUCAAUAUGAUAGUUAGCUGAUUUUCAUACGUUUUGCCUUUCCUGGGAAAAAUAAGUUCUAAAACCCCCUCACUUGGUCAAUUACUCACUGUCUCUAAAGCAUCUCUGUCUAAAAAUAUUGACAUCUGCACAUCUGCCGACUUUGCAGAGUAUACAAAGAUCUUGACAAAGAGUUUUGUGUGGUUUUGUUUCUGAAUUUCAGGAUUUCCUUAAAGCAUUCUCCUCUUCUCAAGUUAAUGUAGAAAUUAAUGUAAUUUCUAAUGAUGUAGAAAUUAACUUGAGAAAAGGAUUCUUUUCAACCUCUCUCACAAGGAACAGCUGAGGAGUUAAGAGCCUUUGUAUUUCUGGAAAGGCAGCACCACUUUGGUGCUUAUCAGCCCUUGAUGCCCGGAUGCCAGCAUGCCUGUCACAGCAGUUAUGUGAUGGUCAUUGCCCGAGUUUUUAAUGUAGUUGUUUGUCACUUGGAGUAGGAUGUGAGUAUUGAAACUAAAAGUCACAAACACUAACUUUGAAACAUUGGCAUAUUCUUUGGAAAUGGCACUUCAAAAUGAUAUUAGUCUUUUUUUUCCUUUUUCACUUGGGUAAAUCAGAUCUUUACUACUCUGACUCCAAGCUAGUAAACAAAAAGAAUGCAAUAAAUGAAUUUGAAAAUGAA